GACAACGGCGGCAGCCAAUGGGGUGUUGGCGCGGGUGAGGCGGGCCGGACGGCGCCGCCAUUUUGUGAGUCUAUAACACGGAGCCGUUGGGUUCGUUCCUGCUAUUCCGGCGCCUCCACUCCGUUCCCUGCGGGUCUCCUCUCUGUGCAAUGGACGGCAUUGUCCAAGAUAUAACAGUUGGUACAAAGCGGGGAUCUGACGAGCUUUUCUCUACUUGUGUUACUAACGGACCCUUUAUCAUGAGCAGCAACUCUGCUUCUGCAGCUAAUGGAAACGACAGCAAAAAAUUCAAAGGUGACAGUAGAAGUGCAGGGGUCCCUUCGCGAGUAAUCCACGUCCGCAAACUCCCCAGUGACGUCACGGAGGCAGAAGUCAUUUCUUUGGGAUUACCUUUUGGCAAAGUCACCAACCUUCUAAUGCUGAAAGGGAAAAAUCAGGCUUUCAUAGAAAUGAACACUGAGGAAGCAGCAAACACCAUGGUAAGUUACUACACCACAGUCACUCCAGUCCUUCGAAGCCAGCCCAUCUACAUUCAGUUCUCCAACCACAAGGAACUCAAAACAGACAACUCUCCAAACCAAGCACGGGCCCAGGCAGCUCUGCAAGCAGUGAACUCUGUUCAGUCUGGAAACCUGGCACUGUCAGCCUCUGCUGCUGCAGUGGAUGCAGGAAUGGCAAUGGCUGGUCAGAGCCCUGUCUUGAGGAUCAUUGUGGAAAAUCUCUUCUAUCCUGUCACUCUGGAUGUCCUGCAUCAGAUUUUUUCCAAGUUUGGCACAGUGCUGAAAAUAAUUACAUUCACCAAGAACAACCAGUUCCAGGCCCUGUUACAAUAUGCUGACCCUAUGAGUGCUCAGCAUGCCAAACUGUCUUUAGAUGGGCAGAAUAUCUACAAUGCCUGUUGCACAUUGCGCAUCGACUUCUCCAAACUCACAAGCCUCAAUGUUAAAUACAACAACGAUAAGAGCAGAGAUUACACACGGCCAGAUUUACCUUCUGGGGAUAGCCAGCCCUCUCUCGAUCAAACCAUGGCAGCUGCUUUUGGAGCUCCAGGAAUAAUUUCUGCCUCUCCAUAUGCAGGAGCUGGCUUCCCUCCUGCCUUUGCAAUUCCUCAAGCAGGCUUGUCAGUUCCAAAUGUUCACGGAGCACUUGCUCCUUUGGCUAUCCCAUCAGCAGCAGCUGCAGCGGCUGCAGCAGGACGGAUGGGCAUUCCCGGCCUCACUGGGGCAGGGAACUCCGUUCUGCUGGUUAGCAAUCUGAACCCUGAGAGAGUUACACCCCAAUGCCUCUUUAUUCUUUUCGGAGUCUAUGGUGAUGUGCAAAGGGUGAAGAUCUUAUUUAAUAAGAAGGAGAAUGCCUUAGUUCAAAUGGCUGAUGGAAACCAGGCCCAGCUUGCAAUGAGUCACUUAAAUGGUCAGAAGCUUCAUGGGAAACCCAUCCGUAUCACCCUGUCCAAGCAUCAGACAGUACAGCUUCCCCGUGAGGGACAGGAAGACCAAGGAUUGACUAAAGACUAUGGAAACUCUCCUCUACAUCGUUUCAAGAAACCAGGCUCCAAAAACUUCCAGAAUAUCUUCCCGCCUUCUGCUACCCUUCACCUCUCCAAUAUCCCACCUUCGAUAACUGAAGAAGACCUUAAGAUGCUGUUCUCAAGCAAUGGUGGGAUGGUGAAGGGAUUCAAAUUCUUCCAGAAGGACCGUAAAAUGGCUCUAAUCCAGAUGGGCUCUGUGGAAGAAGCCAUUCAGUCACUCAUCGAGCUCCAUAAUCAUGACCUUGGUGAGAAUCACCACCUGCGUGUGUCCUUCUCAAAGUCUACCAUUUAAAGCUUUGGAAGGCAUGAGACAGAAUGGACCUGACUAAAACCUCAUGGGUUCAGCCCUGACCUUCAAGGGCUGAAUGCUAGGAGACAACUUCCAUCAUUCCAGAAAAAAAAAGCCACUUUAAAAAUGCAGCUGAAGUGACCUUAAAGACCAGAGAUUUUAUUUUUUUAAAGAGAAAUCAGUUUACCGGUUUUUAAAAAAAUUAAAUCUAAUUCAUAUUGCUAACCUUGCGGUGAUGGGAUAACAAUCUUGAUGGCUGUUCAAACAAAAAAAAUCACAAGUUAAAGUUUACACUUUGGAAACUGCUCUGGGAAUUUUCCUCUUCCUCCCUCUGUCUCUCCCCCUACCCCCCAUUAAAAACAAAAACAAAUGGAUCCUAACAAGCUUAUCAGGUUUCACACUGAUGCCUUUUUUAUUUUCUUUACCCAUGCAAGCCUUGGAAGACCCAGAAACCACUGUGUGAAUUCACAUUAGCGCCUUUGACUCAGGAUCUUGCAAAGUACAUGGUGUGCAGGAGAUCCUAACCCACCCAGUGCAAAGGGUUUUAGGGUAAUGUUUUCUAAGCUGCGCAUCUGCUAUCCUGUGCCUUAAAUUCUGUUUAUUUGGGAAAGAACAUCAUCUGAACUGUAAGGAUUAGAUUGGGGGAGUUGAGGAGAACAAGUGAGUUCUGGUUGUUGGAUCAACUCGUAAUGAAGGACAAGUAAAGCUGGCAGAGUGGAUAAAGAAAAUAUUUGGCUUUAAUUCCUUAGGCAAUUGAUUGUCCCACUGUCCAUGAACUGUCUAAUAAUCUGCAUAGUAUCAUGUAUCUUCUUGCUACUUUUCUAGUCCGCAUGUGGUUUUAUCUCCGUCUGUAUACUCUUCUAGGUGGGAGUUAAUUAAAAUGCUUGGAUUAUUUCAUUCAAACUAAGCAGAAAGGUCUGCGUGGGGAAACAUUCCUAUGGUCUCAUUAUAUUCCAGUGUUGGUAGCAAGCUGACAGGCUCCCUCUUCACAAGAGCCUUGAUCAAGCUAUAAAAUUAACCGCUGUUGGACACUUGUGAAGAAAACAAAUGAGUAUGAGCUUGUCUGAAUUGUACAUAUAUCUAAACACUUGACUAGGAUUUGAAGAAUUAUUGGAUAUCCCAUGGUUAGAAAGGUGUUCAUCUGAGUCACCUUCAUGCCCCUAAUUUGGCAAUUAACAAGACCAGUGUAGCUCCGCCAUCAUUCUUGUAGCACGUCUUCAGCGUUUGAGCUUUUGUUUUAAUCCUUGUAUUAUACUUUUUGAUGCAGUUGCUGUCAUCUGUGCCUAGCAAUAUUUCCAGUUGACCAAAUAUUCUAAUCUCUUUAUAUGCAAAAGAAAUAGUUUAACUUUUUUAUAGAUCAAUAAGAUGAUAUAAACGUAAUCUAAAUUUACUCCUUUUGUUGGUAUUACCCUUGUAUACUGUACUUAUUUUAUUCUUUUUUUGUAAUUGAAACUGUAGGGCAGGAAUUUAGUUUCAGGCUGAGGUCAUGACUGAGGAUGAGUAAUGUAAUGAAACCGAUAAAACAUGUUAAGCUAAGCAGAGCUUUUUUAAAAAGCAAAAGGUGUUCAAAGUAGUGAGCACCAGUGACUUCUGAUUUCGAUUGAGUAAAUGGACCAGGCUAAAGUUUUUACUUUUUUUUUUUUAAACCUAUAAGCCCAGAUCUUUUUAAGUUAUAGGAAGGAAAUUUGUUAAAAGUAGAAGAAUGCGGCAAGUUGGUUUUUUCCCAAUGAUAAAACCACUGUUAAACUGAAACACCAUUCCUCUGGCUUACAACUCUUUCCCGUGCCGUUCUGCCUUCUAUUUUGUAUAAUCCAAUGUUGCCUUACAUUUCCCUUUAACAUGCAACCUGUUUGGAUGCAAAAAUAACAAUAAUCUUAUACUUUUUCAGGGUUUUUCUGCAAAUAGUGGACCAAAGUUUGUUUUUUAAUUGUCUCUCUUUGUGUUGCAAGUUGUUUUCCUUGCCUAGCAUGGAAGCUCCUGACUUGCCUGUCACUGAGGGGUUGGCAAAGUCUUAACCUUUCUUAGUUCCUCUCUGAGCUCUUGUGGUUGUGAACUAUGCUGGAGAAGUGUGUGAUGUCUGAGUGAGAGUUCAGCUUGGGUUGCUGGCAUGAGCUUGGUAGUACUGGCCUGCCUUAUCUUCAUCUUCUCCUUGCUUGUGGCUGAAAGGAGUUAGAAGCCAUCUUAAAUGAAACAAUAGUGUUGCCCACAGUUUUGAGCUUGAAAAAAGGGCUCAGCUAACAAGUAGAUGCCGGCUCCAAUUACCAUAGAUCCUUAUAAGCUUGUUACAGAAAAGUCUUAUGAUCUCCUUAUCUGAAAAGCUCCGGAUUUCCUUGGCCAGCAUCUUGCACUCAAUAGAGCAAAUUAACUGUCAUUCUCGUAAUUGCUAUCAACCAGAGUUAAUUUGCUUAAUCUCCCUUCCCUCAAAUCAAAAACAGUAAAACAAUUUCCCUUGUAGCUAGGGGACACUGGCUGUUGAACGUGCACCCUUGAACAUGCCACAAGCAGCAUUCUGCCAUGAAGAGAGAUCCAUGCGCAACCCAAGUGGAACAGCUGCAGUUUAAUUUUUAAAUGCAUUCAAUCAACCUCACCCAAGAAACUGGGGAGAGGGUUAUUGGAAUUAAACCUGUUUGCUGGCUGCUCACAUGGAUCGGUCAGCAAACAGACUAUAUAUUUUGUAAGAUGCAAGCAAAUGAAUUGAGGUGACCCCAGAACCCAGAAAACUGUGGGUUUAUCCUUUGCAUCCCUAUGUUUGCAUGUAAAGAAUGAGUAACAAAAGGGUGUAAAUAUUUAUAAUUUUUUUAUACCUGUUGUAAGACAUGAGGGGGCAGCAAAACCCAGUUUUUUAUGGUGAACAGAUGUAUUGUAUAUUUUGAUAACAGCUAUUACAGGUUCAGUAUUGUGGGAGGGUGACCACACACAACAUCAAAAUUCCAUUGCCUCUUUCAAAGAAUGUUUGUAAUGCAAAAAGAAUUGAAAUUAAAACUAUUUUAUAACAAACUUUGUACCUUUCUGUAGAUCUAUUAUUUACUGUUCAGAUUGUAGAAAGCAGUUAUUGGCCAGUCUGUACUUGUGCUUUCAAUAAAUUUCUUCUGUAUUCUUUGCUUCUGA